AUGCAUGAGCCAGACAAGGAAGUCAUGUCUGGAUAUGCAGACGUCACGAAACAGACUUAUGAAUCAACUGUUCACCGAGUCUCCAUGUUCGUACGACUGUUAGAGGUUGCACUCCGCGUGCUGAAUGUUCACAUGACUUCGCUAGACCUCGACAUACGUCAUGUGACUUUGACAAACAACGGUCGCGUUAUAAUGGUUGCUUUGGCCGCCUACAUAUUAGCCGCUCAGAAACGGAAACAAUUUGACAAGUUGGACGUCUUCGAGGGAGGUCCUGCGCGUUUGCUUGAAAUAGCCUACACACCUGAUUCAAACGAACCGUAUCAUUUGGGGGGGUCCCACUCUGAUGGUUCGAUAUCUAAUGCUGAUCUUCUGGUCUUUAUCCGAGGGUCGCAGUCUAGUAUCAUGACACAGGAGCAAAUCCUGUCAAUGCUGGACCUCCGCACACUUAUGGAAAUCUGUCUCUUGAUGCCAUCACCGACAAGCCGGUGUGUGCCGAUCAACCGAAAGGAAGCUUUUCGAGAAAAGUUUGCCACCACGAGGACCUUACACUGCCAGAGACGAAAAGAUUCAGCAUCUGCUGUUGACGUUGAGGUCACGGAAAAAAAUAUGCAAGAAAACCUGCGGUCUAUCUUCGGACGCUCCCUAUCGCAAACCACGCUUGAAUGGGAGGAUUGCGGUCGAGAUUCUGGAGAAGAUAUUUGCGGGGGUGCCAUCUCACUGGGUAUGACAGUGCCAGGCCAUCGUCGCACGGACAUGCUUCGGUUUAUGGACAGUUCCAUAACGGUCGUCAUGGGUGACGCGAUCGGAGAAGGGAUACGCAGUGCCGUGGCAGCUAGUUCUGAGUGGGACGGAGAUUGA